CUUACACAGAGAUUGCCUUUCCUUAACCUAUGUCGAAGUUGCACACCUUCGAUAUUUACCUACAUCCAGACCCCUCCUACACCACGUUCACCCCCGGUAACUUGUUAUCAAUCCUUGUGUUCGUUUUCCUUCUAAUAACCAUUCUACUGGGGUAUUGGGCUGCUCCUUUUGUUCGAGAACCAAUCGGAUUGGUUCUAGGAGUACAACAUACCUGUAUGCACUCCCUGUAGAUGUCAACCUGUUAAGUGAACAUUCUGGACUAUAAAAAUGACACCACUCAAAUUGCUCAGGAUCAGUUCUUCAAAUGCCUCAGUACUGUAUUCUAAAAUAAUUAGAUCCACAUCGGUCCUUGCAAUCGCGCCUAACAAUUCUAAUCGUGCUUUUUACCUUUUAAACGAGUGGGUGAAAAUUGGUAACAACAUUAUCGUGGUUUUUACCUUUAUAACGCGUGGGUGAAAAUUGUUAACAACAUUACAACAUAUAACAAUAUAUUUUUUGAAUAAAAAUAUUAAAACCAAAACCCUAAAAAUGGAGUCAUUCGUUGCUUGUGAUUUGUGCACCAAAAAUGUGGAGAUGAGUGAGUUUGAAACUCAUUAUGCUCAGUGCUCAAAGCCUCGGAAUGCCUUCGAGGUUUUAAUGUGUAAAUCAAAAAUAAGGUGUGACUUAUGCUCUACCUUAGUUCAUAAUUAUGAAUUUGACGAGCACUAUCAAAAUUGUAAUGGACCUAUAAAUGCCUUCAAUGUUUUAAUGAAUGCUGAAAAACGGCAACCACAAAACAGAAGGCAAAAUAAUUUGGACGAUCAUCCCACAACAUCAUCAAAUGCUCUCAAACGGAUGAGAAUGGAUGAGGGUAAGGAAGUACUCAAACAAGGAAAAAAAGCUAAGAUUAGCGAAAAUACAAAUGAUUUAAAAUUAGAACUUUUAUGUCCUACUUGUGGUGAUAAAUAUCUUGCAUCAAGGGAACGUCAACAUAUAUUGACCGAUAAGCAUAAAAAUGCAUCAGCCAGAGAAGUAAAAAAUAAUGAAAACAUAAUUCUUCUUAACUCUCAAACUGUUUUUCCUGUUAAAUCAUAUCGAAUCAAUAGUACAGUCCAAAACACUAUUGAUUUAAAAGAUUUUUAUCAGCUUUGCCAAAAAAAUAUAAUUGAAAUUAUAAAGCAUUGCAUGAUAGAAUAUAGAGCCAUUAAAUUCAACCUAAGAGUUUAUGGUACCUAUAUUAAACAAACAGACGAAGGAGUUACUGUUGAAACAACAAAACAUUUUGGGACAUCUUAUAAAUCUGUAUACCAAAAUGAAAGCAUUAUCGAUGAACUUAAUAUGGCAGUAGAUAGCUUACUAGCAUCGAGCAGUGAGUUUCAAGAAAAAGACUCUGGUUGGGCAAUAAAAAAUUUCAAUUAUUUUGAAAUUACUAUAAUAAAGCUAGAAAACAUUCCUGCUAGCGGAUACAUUCAGGCCCCGAAGAAUAUAAGAGCCCGAAAUGCACUUAUAAACGUACAGAAUACUGACGUAUUUUGUUUCAAAUGGUGCAUACUGGCAUUCAUAGCUAACAAAACUCAUGAGAGUGCUACCUUUAUAACAGCAAAGCAAAAAAAGUAUUCACGAGAGAAAAUGACAAAGCCCACAACUUACCACAUUAAUAUUAAUAAUGAAAUAAUUGUAUACGACGGAAUAAGAUUGGAUUUUUCAGGAAUCGAGUUUCCAAUAACGAAUAAAGGGAUUAUCCAUUUCGAGAAAAAUAAUAAAGACUUCAGUAUAAAUGUUUAUGAGAUCGACGCUGAUGGUGAUAAAAUUAUCGGCCCAACGUUUAGAACCAAAUGUAUUCAAACCAACCACAUCAAUAUAUUGGGAAUAAAUAACGUAAACCAGGACAGUAUGCAUUACGCUUACAUUACAAGUGUAAAAAGAUUAUGCUACUCACAGCAUUCCAAGGCAAAAUCAGGAGGAUAUUUUUGUGAUAACUGUCUACAGUUUUUCACAGUUAAUAAUACUACCCACAACAAACUUGAAUGCGGAAAAGUGGCCUCGUUUUACCCUGAACCAAACACUACAACUUCAUUCAAGGGCUUUCAUAAAAAAUUAUCUCCUCCGGUGGUGAUAUAUGCCGAUAUUGAGGCUGUUCUUGAAAACUAUAGAACAUGCCUAAAUUCGUCUUCAACAUCGUCAACAACAAAAGUGCAGAAGCAUACUGCAUGUGCCGUAUCAUUUUAUAUAGCACAUAAAUAUAAUCCGGAUCUUAACGAAUUGUGGACAUAUGAAGCUUGUUUUACAUGUACUGGUCGACCCCCAAAAACCCGAUUGCUAGCACAAUCCAUGAACAGGAAGGAAAUUGCUGUGCCUGUGAAAAGGAAAUAAACGCUGACGAUCUGGACAAAUAUUUUGAUCAAUUUUCUGGAAAAUACAUGGGUCCCAUUCAUAAAAAUUGUAAGCCAAAGUACAAAUUAAGUGAUCCCUUCUUUCCUGUAGUAUUUCAUAACUUAUCUAAAUAUGACAUACAUUUAUUCAUUACUGAAUUAGAAGGAGACUUAAGCCCUAUACCCUGUAAUAAAGAGCUUUAUAUAGCGCUAACGCAGACAAUUAAAAUAAAUGCAUCAAAUAGAUAUAAAAUAAGAUAUAUCGAUUCGAUUAGAUUUUUAAAUUCUAGUUUAGAAAAACUAUCAAGCUACAUGGAGGACAAAGAUUUUAAAAUUCUAAGUACUAAAUUUCAGGGAGAAAAAUUUAAGCAAAUGCGUAGGAAGGGUGUC